UAAUUUCAAACAAUUCGAAUAAUAAAACACAACUUCGCGAAAACUCAACCACAAAAUUUUCUUUAUGAUCGAAAAUAUUUUUUAAGUUGUAAUAAAAACAUUACAUGUUACCGAGUAAAGGAUAUUUUACGAAUAUACGGUGUUUAUUUUACGAUGCUGGUUCAUGUGAUCGGCCGUAUUGCCACUUUAGACAUUCGAAAAAAGGUUCAUUGCAAGAUGAAGAACAGGAAUACAUCAUAGCAGGCGCGAAAAUAUUAGAAAACAAAAUUGGUCCAAUAAAAAAUUUUGAUAAAUUAGUGAGCGACACAAUUCAAGAUAUUCAUUUAAAUACUCAACCAAAUAACCGUCAAGAAAGUCACCAAGCCACGUACAGUCCAACGCCGAUAACACAAUUGAAGAAUCAAAAUGGUGAGAAUAUACGACGGCAUUUACCCAUUCACAAUACACCGUAUCGCCCCCCUGUACGUCCUAUCACCAAACCGAACACAAAAUCGUCCCUCUUAAAAUUCCAAUAUGAUUCGUCACCCGGUGAUACGGACACGGAUCCAAAGAGUGUUCAAUAUAUUCCGACACAAAAUCUAUCUCAAUUACCCACAUCAACAGCAUACUCGUAUACACCGACAUCAACGGGACCACGAAAUGGAUCAUCAUCGGAGAGCACGAAAGAGAAAUACAUACCGACGGAUCCUAGUGCGAAGUUAAAAGCGCGAAAAUGUCAACAGUAUGUACCACAGUCACAGAAUUCCGAGGGUAAAACGACGGAUAUUACAUACCAGCCAACGGAUAUCAAUUCAAUAAUAUCAAAUUCAAAUUUAAGUUAUUCUCCUAAUGUAACAGAUAAUUCGACGAUUAACACAGAACAUACGUAUAAUCCAACGAAACAGGGUACAAUCAACACAAGAUUAUCAACGGAAGAGCCAACAAUUGAGGUGACGAAUCAAACGGAUGAUGUUGAAAUUAGUGAAUUAGAUACCGAUCUGGAUUUUAUAAAUGAUAUCUUGAACGAUGUAAAAAAUGACGAUGAUGGAGAUGUCAGUGAUAAAAAGAAAUCCAAAGAUAAAUCAAAAUCUUCACAUCAUCAUCACAGAUCCAAAUCGAAAGAGAAAGAUCAUCGUGAUAAAUCUAGUUCCAAAUCGAAAGAUCGUGAUAAAUCAUCUUCAUCUAGUUUGAAAAAAGAUUCAUCGAAAAAAGAAAGUUCCUCUAAAAAAGAAUCGUCGUCAAAGAGUAGCUCAAAAAGUAGCUCUUCGAAAGAUAAAGAAAAUUCUUCAAAAGAAAUUUCAUCGAAGGAUAAAGAAAGUUCUUCAAAAGAUAAAGAAAGUUCUUCGAAAGAUAAAGAAAGCUCUUCGAAAAAAGAGAAAACUUUAUCAGCAGACAGUCGAAUUUCAGAUGAGAAGAAAACAUCUUCAUCAGAGAUUCGAUCUUCUGAUGAUAAAAAAACCACCUCAUCAGAAGUACGAACUGAUGAAAAGAAAACAUCAUCGUCUGAUUCAAAAAGGGAAUCAUCCGAUGCUGUAAGUAAAAAGAAAGAUGAUAAAAAAGAUUCAGAUCGAAAAGAAUCGAAAGAUUCGGAGCGAAAACAUUCUUCAUCACAUAAAGAUAAAAAAGAAUCUUCGUCGUCGUCAUCAUCGUCCAAGAAGAAAUCUUCAAGCCAUCAUCAUUCAUCGAAAUCGUCGAAAACUAGCUCGUCAUCGUCUUCGAAACCAAGUAAACAUGAUAAGUCACCGAAACAUAAAUCAAAAAGUUCAUCGCAUCAUAGUAGCUCGUCACAUCAUAGUUCAUCCUCGAAAACGAAAAGUCGCAGUUCUUCAUCAUCGAAGAGUAAAACAAGUAGUAGUUCGGAUAAAAAUGUUAAUGAUUCGGAAACGGUUUCGGGUGAAAAGUCAACAGCAACAUCAGCGGAUAUGAAUAUUGAUGACGUUGAUUUUUCCAGUGACGAUGAUAUCGAAGAACAGUGUCGUAGAAUAUUUGAAGAUAGUGUAAAUAUGCCAAGUGUGCCUCAAGCCCAAAAAAGACCUCCUGAUCAUCCGAACGUUGAAGAAGAGGCACCUUUGAAAAAACAACGGAUCGCGCAUCCAUCAGCCAUGACUCCAUGUACAAAAAUUAAAACAGCAAAACCAAAUUUCCGGGCAGAAUCAUCAAGGUUGUUAUUGGAACGUUAUAAAAUUAGUCAACAAGUACACCAAAUGAAUCAGGUUUUCAAUCCACCAAGUGAAAAUACACCAGCAAUACCGGAAAGUACGCCAUCAAUACCAGAUAAACCAAAAUUAAUUCGUCCUGCUAAUACUCAACUAAUUAUGGCUGCUCCACCAAAUGUUCCAGGAAAAGUUCGUAUUGCUCAUGUACCAAACGUUUCAAAUUUAAUGAAUGCAAAAUUAAAAAUACCAAAUAUGGCUGUGAAAAAAACUAUACCGCAAACGACACCAAAAGGGAAAUCGCGUACUAUGCACGCACCAACAAAAGUUGAUCUUGCAGAUAGACCAACAGUUAAAGAUCCAGAAAAUACUAAAAUUCCACUUCAUGUACGAUCUGUAUUUUUGAAUAAUAUGAUUGAUGCCUGCUUGGACAUGUACGCGUAUGCGAUGUCUGCAUACGAACGGGCCCGUAGUGAAGAAUUUGCUGUAUUUGAUAAAUGUCGAUCGUUACCCGUGUACAAACAAUCUGCAAAAUUAUGUGUACAUCGACUACAAAACUUAGCCAAACAAAGUGUCUUAGAAAAUAAUACAAUACCCGACGCACCAUCUACAUCAAAAAUUGAAUCUAGACGUAAUACACAUGAGGAUAAUCUUUAUCUACAACUUUCAAAGUAUAUUUUAACGGAGGAACAACUUUGGGAACAUGGUUUUCCACGACCACAUCCAACGAUUACAACAAAUGGGGCUGCUAUUAUAAACAAAAAGCAGAAAGUGACUGAGAAUAAAAAUGAAUUUGAGAAAACUUGUUGCCGAUGUCAUAAAGUGUAUAAAAUUACCGAAGAUGGCUACCCACUAUUUCCAGAAGAAUGCAUUUAUCAUUAUAAGAAACGUUAUCGAAUACGAGGUGAGGCUCGAUAUGGUUGCUGUAGUAGUUCCGAUGAAUUAGGAUGUAUAUCAGCACCGGUACAUGUAUUUGAUGAUAUUGACUACGAUAAUCUACGUGGAUAUGUUGAGACCAUGGACCUAACUGACGGUGAAGAUGAUGAUCCAAAUCGGGAUUAUGGUGUUUUCGCGCUGGAUUGUGAAAUGUCAUAUACAACGGCUGGUAUUGAGUUAACACGUAUCACAGUUAUUGAUCGAAAAUUGGAGGUAGUCUAUGAAACAGUUGUGAAACCUUUUCAUCCGAUUAUUGACUAUAAUACGAGGUUCUCAGGGAUCGAAGAACGUCAUAUGGAAGGCGUAACAACGACUUUACUAGAUGUUCAAGCGAAUUUAUUACAUAUGUUUAAUAAUCGUACAAUAUUAAUUGGGCACAGUUUAGAGAGCGAUUUUAAAGCGUUAAAAUUAAUACAUAACACAGUCGUUGAUACCAGUAUUAUGUUCCCACAUCGUUUAGGUCUCCCUUAUAAACGAGCUUUAAAAAAUAUAGCAUUUGAUUGUUUAUCAAAAAUUAUUCAAAAUCAAGUAUCAGGACAUGACAGUGCAGAGGAUGCCAAUGCUUGUAUGGAACUGGUUUUGUGGAAAAUCAAUGAAGAUAAAAAAUUAUAAUGCUAGAUAUGUUAUGUUAGAGUUUUAAAUAUGUAUAGCAAACAAAAUGUCGGUACCUGUGAUUAAAAUAAUUUCAAUAAUUUUGGUAUGUGAUUCUUGCGGUAAUAAUUCUAACUAAUUGUCGUAUAUUUUCUUCGAGACAUGUACAGCUUGUAUUAAGAGCCUUGUUCUUUUGAGUUUCAAUUAAUCUAAAUCGAAUUGAAGCAAUCCAUUUUCGUUUGCAGAUCAAGUGACGUUCGCAGACAUAAGUAAAUCAUUUUAAAUUUCACUCCCAUGUAGAAACAUUUUAAACCAUAAAAAUCGUAACAUUUUAGCAAAAUAUCUGUAUUUACAAUUUUUGGCCUUAUCUUUUUUAUCUAACUACAGCGUAAUUCAAUAGCCGUAUUAUUUUGAGUUUAAAAUGAAAUCCCCUUUAAUCCGUUGGUAUAAGAAGAUUACUUCAAUCCCAUGUGGAAACACUUUAAAAGUAAAGAAAUCGUAGUUCAUGUUAACGAAAAAAAUUUCCAACACGAAGAUUGUAUUCAUAUUCAAAUACAUCGAUCAAGAAAAUUCCCCCGCUGGAAAAAAUAUUCGAAAAAAGAUUAAGUCUUAGAAACUUUUCCUAUGAUUUUUUAGA